AUGGGUUCCGAAGCCUACCAACACAUAUCAGACACACCUUUGGCAAACUGGCCUGCCAAGGCCAAACUGAAUCAGACGAGAUCUACAAUUUCCGCCCGCGUCCGCAGCUGGCCCAUUGCUGACAUUGGCAACCACGACGGUGGUGAGAUGGGCCGCCAGGCUGUAAAUGAUAGACCUGUAUUGGCAGGACAUCGUCUCGACCCCCUUUCCACUCAUUUCCUAUCCCCACUUCUCUUCCCACCUACCCUCGUCCCAACCACUGCGACUCCCACUUCGACGUCCAUUUUUUCUACACAACCCACUCAAACUCCCAUCCCCACCUCGGGCCAGCCAGCUAUGGCUGGAUUAGGCCCACGCAGAUAUUUCGGUACAGGUCUGGCUGCCGUGCUGCUUGUCAAUUGGCCAGCAGUUCCUUCCCAUGCCUCGAGGGCUGGUGCUUAA